AUGAGCACGACGUCGACGACUUCCUCGAGCACGACCAGUCCGACAUGCACGACCCCAAAACCGGGAAAGAAUGGAUACCUGCCGCCAGAGGCCUGCGACGUCAUCCUAUAUUAUGUCCCCUCCUUUGCGGCGGCGGGGUUGUUCUGCGUGCUCUUCGGGGUCUCCAUGAUCUGGCAUGGGGUGCAGGGAUUCAUGUAUAAGAAGGUCGAGUCUAUGCGGACUCUGACUCUAAUGGAUAGCGCUGACAGCAUGCAGACGUACACCUGGGUCAUCGUCAUGGGUGCCCUCUGGGAGUUACUCGCCUUUGUCUUCCGGGCUCUCCUGACCCACCAGCAGAACCGGGAAGCAUGGGCUUCUGUGCAUACCAUCCUCUUCCUUCUGGCGCCACUAUGGAUCAACGCAUUCUUGUACAUGACGCUCGGUCGUCUCAUCCACUUCUUCAUUCCGAGCCAGCGUCUGGGAGGCAUCGCCGCCAAACGGUACGGGCAACUGUUUGUCUGUCUGGACAUUGUGGCCUUUAUCGUGCAGGGCGCUGGCGCUGGAAUGACCUCGAAUGUGGACAACUCGGACGACGAGAUCAUGCGGGGGGUCCAUAUCUACAUGGGAGGCAUCGGGCUGCAGGAGCUCUUUAUCCUCGUCUUCGUAGGUCUCGCAAUUCAUCUGCAUCGUCGAUUGGUGUGCAUGGAGAGGGCGCUGCAGCUGGACGUGGAGAAACUGAAUCGGAACAUGAUGAACUGGCGCUGGCUGUUCUAUGCGAUAUACACAGCUCUAGGGAUGAUCACGGUCCGAAUCGUCUUCCGUCUCUGCCAGUACGCCGACGGGACCAAUCCUAACAACCCGGUCCUUACCCACGAAUGGUAUGAGUAUGUCUGGGAUGCUGUGCCCAUGUUCCUGGCCCUCCUGGUUCUUAAUCUGGUCCAUCCGGGACUUAUCCUGCAGGGCCCGGACUCGGAAUUCCCCCGUCUGAGCCGUGAGGAGAAGAAGAAGCUCAAGGAGGAGCGGAAGCGCCUCAAACAGGAAAGCAAGGAAGCUGAUCGCACGUGGAAGAAGGGUCGUCGAGAUAACGCAGAAUAUGACAUGCUUGUGCGGCAGGAAGAAGGGUUUAUGAAUGCAAAUGCGGGGCACACGGGGCAUACACCGGUGAGCUCGGGCUCUCGAUGA